AUGGCUUCAUAUUCGUCGAUCCCCAACCUGAACACUCUGCGCGCGGGAACAAGCGGAGGACGUCGACUCCGAGGCCGACGGGGAGGCCCAGGCCGCCCAGACGCGUCCAUCGAGGACAGUACAGGUACAGGUACAGGUACAGAUAUCCGUGAGGGCAAUGACAUGCACGCGGACUUGGCACGAGAUCGAAUCAUCCAGCAAACAGACGGCGACGCCAGCAGCAGCCGCAUGAGCGCCGUCGCCCUGGCCUACCUCGACGACCCUUACGCACAGCGUCUGUAUCAGCUCCCCGGCCCCGUCGCCAAGAGAUAUCCCAUCAUCAACCGAGGCACCUAUGUGCGGACGACCGCCAUCGACCGACUGGUGACGCUCUUUUUGAACGGCGACGGCGACGGCGACGGCAAGGGCGCGAGAAAGCAGAUCAUCUCGCUGGGAGCGGGCUCCGACACGCGCUUCUUCCGCCUGUGUGCCGGCAAGCACAAUGUGCUCUACCACGAAUUGGACUUCGAAGACAAUGUCCGCCCCAAGCGGAAUGCCAUUCGCAACUCCGCCGAGCUGGCCCGCAUGGCAACUCCGCCAGCCGGGGGGCCAUCGUCGUCCUACCACCUGCACGCAAUCGAUCUGCGCCUACUGACCACCCAGUCGCCUCCCGCCCUGCCACACUUCGACCCGGACCUACCCACGUUGAUCCUCAGCGAGUGCUGUCUCUGCUAUUUCCCUCCAGAUCUUGCCACCAGCGUAGUCAACUACUUCAUGAUGAACAUCAGAGCUAGCAAAGGCAUCAUCCUGUACGAGCCAGUCCGACCUUUCGAUCCUUUCGGACGCACCAUGAUGGCGAAUCUAGCGUCUCGAGGCAUUGAAUUGCGUACAUUGAAGCGGUACUACUCGCUAGACGCGCAACGACGACGCUUGCAAGUUGCAGGCUUCGAGAGCGGGCAGGGCGCCCGAGAUGUUCAUCAGAUCUGGGAGAGCAGUGACUGGGUCAGUGAGACGGAACGGGAGAGGAUCGAGAAGAUUGAGUGGCUUGACGAAGUCGAAGAGUGGGAGCUGCUGGCCCGCCACUAUUGCGUCUCCUGGGCCUGGAGAGGAGACCCGUUCACCGCAGCCUGGAGUUCAGUAGAAGGCCAUCGUACCGACGAUGAGCGCAUGGACGACGAUUCGAUGUAAUUCCGUGCGCCUUGCCAUGGCAUUGUUCUAGUCCCGUGCAUUCUGCAUUCGAAUUGGCUAGCAAUCAGGCCAGGCAUAUUAAUAACAAUAGCACACGACGCUUGUACAUCGCCGUUCG